AUGGAGUGGGAAGCACAAUGUCUUGAAUGUGACGAAGUACUGGACGACGAAGAUUUCAUGAGCACACAAGAGUCCGAGACAAAUGACGUCCUUAGUCGUCUUGUCUCGAACGUACCUUGGACGUCAGAACUUUCGUUUGAAGAAAAGAAUGUGGUGGCGCUAGAAGACCGUGACGUUGACAGCGUGUACCGUGCCAUGUUACGUCAAGAGCUCGUGCGACCUGAUUACUCAAAACAAUAUGAAUAUUUGAAAUACCGUCGUGUGCUCGUAGACUGGAUGCUUGAGGUGGGAGAGACGCAUUUACGCAUGCGAAAAGAGUAUGUACACACUGGUGUAGGGUAUCUAGAGACAAUAUUGACAGGCGAGAGACCAUUACCACGGAAAGAUCGAUUUCAAUUGUUAGCACUCAGUUGUUUACGGUUAGCACUCAAGUUUCAAGGCGUAGAAGACGAGAUACCUCCCAUGGCGGAAUUUUGGGAAAUGGGGAAUCGCAUGUACUCACAUGACGAAAUUAGCGAUGCAGAAGCCAAUAGUUUUCAAAAACUGAAGUGGCGAUUAGUCAUGGUGACGCCAUUGCAUUUUUUACAGCAUUAUAUGAACCAGACGGUAUUAUUCGCUGAUGAUCGGCUUUUAGGAGCCGAACUAGUAGAUGAAGCUCAUGGGUACUACUGCAAAUAUGCCGAGUUCUUUGUGGAUUUAGCAUUACAAGAAUACUCGCUUCAAGUCUAUCGACCGUCCGUAUUAGCUGCUAGUAUUCUUGUUGCAUCACGAAAAGCUCUUGGUGUCACUCCACUCUGGCGAGACGAGCUGUCAGUCCUUACUGGGUAUGAUGACAAGCAAGUGACACCAUGUUUUCAAGCACUUUGGGAACACUUUGAAGCGACGUUUGGUCCACGUAAUAAAACAUUGUACGACCGAGACGAUUCGCCUUCGGGUGUCGCUGACUUUUGA